AUGGCACGCAGCCACAAGCGAAAGCGACGCAUUCCUCCUGUCAGUCCACCAACGAAAUCCUUGCGAUUCAUUUCCAUUGCCACAAUCUGUUUCGUGUCCUUUAUUGCCUUUGCUGUUCUGUGCUCCGCCCUUAGCCAUCAUCAGCGAAAUACUCCCCAAAACAACAACAACAAUAGAUUGAAGAAGAAAAUGACAACCACAAAGGUUCGAUUUGACACUCCCGAAGAAAUACCAGAUGAUAUUGUGAAAUCCUUGGAUGCCAUUUUGGUUCUGGGUGGUGGUGUCCCACUGUCGUUGGAAGAACCACCGUUGUUUGUCCAAAAACGCUGUGAUGAUGCGGCCAAGAUAGUCCAACGAUACACAGAGAUUUUCAACCGCAACAAUCUGCCCAUUUUGACACUUUCUGCGGGGACGGCCCAUUUGCCACAAUUGCUCAGUGGCGAUGGUCUGCCCAUUUGGGAAGCGACCGCUUCGGCUGCCUACCUGAUAAAGCACUACUCUCCGGACACGAUUGACAAGUCGCAAGUCUUUGCCGAGACCACUUCUUAUGAUACCAUUAGCAAUGCAUUCUUUGCGAGAACAUCUUUUACCGAUAUCACUGGAUGGAGGCGGCUCUUGAUCAUCACCAAUGAGUUCCAUAUGGAUCGAUCACAAGCCAUUUUCGAUUGGAUCUUUGGCAUUCCAGACAACAACAAGGGCAGCAGCAGCAACUACCAACUCUACUAUCUAGCACCACCAAACACGGGUCUUACGGACGAGGCAGUCCAAGCACGAAAGCAAAGAGAAGCCAAGAGUCAAAAGAAUGUACAAGAGAUAUUGGCGCCCAAAUAUCAAACCAUAAAGGGGGUAUGGACAUUUCUGACCCAAGAACACUCGUUGUAUACGGCUCACAAGUUGGUGGAAAGGGGAAGAGCCAAAACAGAGGAAACGGCGACGAGUGAAGAAAAUCAAGCACUCAAAGAGAGCUAUGGGUUGAACAACAAAGGCAAAUAA